GGGCCCAACCAGUGUCAGUGCUUCUAGACUCUUCUGAACCAAACCCGUUAUGUCCAAUACAAAAUCACCAGGGGAAAAUACAAGGAUGACUCCUUCCUGUAAAGUCAGUCAGAAAGAGCUGACUUCUGCAUCCUGUCACCUGAAACCACAUAAACACCCUGAGGACAGUCAGGCAAUGGAUUCUGUGAACAACCUCUGCAGACAGUAUGAGGAGAAGGUGCGGCCCUGCAUUGACCUCAUCGACUCCCUGCGGGCCCUGGGUGUGGAGCAGGACCUGGCCCUACCCGCCAUCGCUGUCAUCGGGGACCAGAGCUCAGGGAAGAGCUCUGUGCUGGAAGCACUGUCAGGAGUGGCCCUCCCCAGAGGCAGUGGUAUCGUUACCAGGUGCCCUCUGGUGCUGAAGCUGAAGCAACUGGAGCAGGGAGAGGAGUGGAGAGGCAAGGUCACCUACAAGGGCAUAGAGGUUGAGAUCUCAGACCCCAUGCAAGUGGAAGGAGAAAUCAAUAAGGCCCAAAACAUCAUUGCUGGGGAAGGACUGGAGAUCAGUGAUGAGCUCAUUAGCCUGGAUGUCAGCUCCCCGAAUGUCCCAGACCUGACCCUGAUUGACCUGCCUGGGAUCACCAGGGUGGCUGUAGGCAACCAACCUGCAGACAUUGGACACCAGAUCAAGAAACUCAUCAAGAAAUACAUCCAGAAACAGGAGACCAUCAACCUGGUGGUGGUCCCCAGUAAUGUGGACAUCGCCACCACGGAGGCACUGAGCAUGGCUCGGGAGGUGGACCCUGAAGGGGACAGGACCAUAGGGAUCUUGACCAAGCCUGAUCUGGUGGACAGAGGUACUGAAGACAAGGUCGUUGAUGUUGUGCGGAACCUGGUGUACCACCUGAAGAAGGGCUACAUGAUAGUCAAGUGCAGAGGCCAGCAGGAUGUCCAGAAGCGGCUGAACCUGGCUGAGGCGCUGAAGGUGGAACAAGCCUUCUUCAAGGAGCAUUCACACUUCAGCAUUCUUCUGGAGGAUGGGAAAGCCACAGUGCCCCUUCUGGCAGAGAGACUGACCACAGAGCUCAUCUCACACAUCUGUAAAUCGCUGCCACUACUGGAAAAUCAAAUAAAGGAGAGUUACCAGAAUGCAAGUGAGGAGCUGCAGAAGUAUGGCACAGACAUACCAGAAGACACUAACGAGAGAACUUUCUUUCUGAUUGAGAAAAUUAAUGCCUUCAAUAAGGAUAUCACCGCUUUGGUACAAGCCCAGGAAACCAUACCAGCGGGAGGCAGUCGUCUGUUUACCAACCUGAGAAAUGAGUUUCUUGAUUGGAGUUAUUAUAUUAAGAAACAUUUCGAAAAAAGUUCUGCCGAUAUACACAACCAGAUCCAUGUAUUUGAAAAUCAGCAUCGUGGCCGGGAGCUCCCUGGGUUUGUGAACUACAAGACAUUUGAGAACAUCAUCAAAAAACAGAUAACAGCCCUAGAAGAGCCUGCUGUGGUCAUGCUGCACAAGAUCACCAACAUGGUCCGAAUCGCCUUCAGAAUGGUUUCGUUAAACAAUUUUGGUGAAUUUUUUAACCUCCACAGUGCUGCCAAGUCCAAAAUUGAAGACAUCAGAUUAAGUCAAGAAAAAGAAGCUGAAAAACUGAUCCGACUUCACUUCCAGAUGGAACAGGUUGUCUACUGCCAGGACCAAGUUUACAAAGGAGCCUUGGAGAAUGUCAGAAAGAAGGAUGCGGCUACCAUUCACCAUAACUCUAAACCUUCUCAGCCUUCUCAGGGGGAACUGUUUACCACUGAGAUGACCCAGCACCUGAAUGCCUAUUAUGAGGAGUGCAGUAGGAACAUUGGGAGACAGAUCCCUCUGAUCAUCCAGUACUUCAUCCUGCAAAGAUUUGGGGAAGAGAUGGAGAAAGCCAUGCUUCAGCUCUUACAGGACAAGGUUAACUGCAACCAGCUCCUGGCUGAGCGGAGAGACACCACAGAGAAGAGGAAGUUCCUGAAGAGGCGGCUUUCAAGGCUUGACCAGGCUCGGCACAAGCUUGCCAAAUUCUCUUAUUAACCAAGCUUUCCAGCCUGCCCUAUAUAUCUGUGGCAUGGUGUGGACCAAGGGUUGCUUUGAGGGAAAAAUGCUUCAGCCUAUACUCCAUCAAUCGUAUCCCUUUAAUGUUGUGUAGUCUGAACCUUUUACUUGUUACCGUUUGGAGUUAGCAAAUUAAAAACAAACACCCGAGCCUCUUUGUUUGUUCACUGAUGGAGUAUUUUCUUAAAUCUUGCUAAAUGUUAAUGGACUAAAUAUUGUUAACUGUGAUUCUUACUUGAUAACUGUUGUGUUACAUAUUUUGCUAUGUUAAGGUUAAAACCCUUCUUUUUAUUUUAGACAGAAAAGAGGAGAUGAUGGGAGGUGUCAUUCUGUAAAUAUGUUUCUCAUACUGGUUAAUGAAUAAAGCACUGUUGGCCAAUAGGAAAGCAAGAUAGGCGGGACUAGGAGACAAGGAGGAAAGAGGAAGUAGUAAGGAGGAGUCAACAUGGAGAGUCGAGAGAGAGCAGAAUGCCGGCCGGACUCACCGGUAAGAUAAAACCAAGUAAAAGUACUUAGAUAAAUAGAAAUAGACUAAUACUUAAGACAGAGCUAGCCAAUAAGAAACAAGUACCUGGCCAACAGUGUUAUAUCUGA